AUGGCGACCCUCGGCGUGGAGAAAGAAGCUCGGUACGGGCUCCUGCAGACGCAGCAUCGGGCGCUUCAAAGCAGCCUUUCGCUUGGCAAGGUCGUCGAGAAAGUGGGUGGCAGUAAGCGCUACAUCAUCGUGCGCCAGCUCCCACCAGAUGCCAAGGGCUACGCUUGGUUUCGUCGUUUUCAGCACUCAGAGCACAUGAAGACUGCAAAGGUCUUUGGGCACAGAGGCGGCCCGCGCUGGGCCAUCUUGGAAUGCCCCUCCGUGGAGGCCGCUGAGCGCCUGGCCAAAGAGGUGGUGGCUUACAAGGACCAGGCAGCGAAUGCGGUGCCAAUGAAGGCAGAGACCGCCACAAGGAAGACCGUGGAGGACGAGGAGCGGAGCAACCGAGAGGACCCUGCUGAGCGGAGGAACCGGGAGGACCGUGAUCGGGAGCGUGGCGGCAACCGCGAGUGCCGGAUUCGUUUGGAAGACCGACGCGAAGGGAAUGACCGCCGCAACGAACUGCGGAGCCGCGACCGGCGGGAUGACCGUCGGGACGAUCGUCGGGACGACCAUCGAGACGACCGUCGGGACGACCGACGAGAUCGUCAUGACCGACAGGAGAGUCUCAUCGAGAUCGCCGUGACCGCGACGAGCGGGAUCGCCAUGGCCAUGACAGAAGUCGGCAUGAUGACCGAAGUCGACAUGACGACCGGGGUCGGCAUGACGACCGGAGUCGACACGACGACCGAAGUCGACAUGAUGACCGGGGUCGUCAUGACGACCGGAGUCGACAUGACGACCGAAGUCGGCAUGACGAGCAAGGUCGGCGUGACGACCGAAGCAGGCGUGACGAGCGAAGUCGGCAUGACGACCGGAGUCGACAGGACGAUCGAGGUCGGCACGAUGACCGGAGCCGGCAUGACGACCGACAACGACCUGACGAUCGAAGCCGACAUGAUGACCGAAGUCGGCAUGAUGACCGAAAACAACCUGACGAUCGAAGUCGGCAUGGCGACCAAAGUCGGCAUGACGACCGAGGUCGACGCGAUGGAGGGAGUCGACAAGCCGAGCGGCAGCAGUCAGAGCGAGGUGAUGGCGAGCGAUGGCAGGCCAGAGAGAAGGCGAACCUGA